AUGACAACCAUUAUGGAGAAAUCAAUAAAGAGAAUCAAUGUAAUCGGUGAACAUAUUAUAUCAGUUGCAUCUGUUUCACAACAACAACAAUCAACAUUGAAAUCAAAGAUGAAUCAACAGCAACAGCAAUCAAAUGAAAACGAUAGCGUUUUGUUGGAGAAACACGAGAAUAAUACAACUGUCAUUACAUUGAACCGUUUGAAGCAAUUAAAUGUACUAAAUACACAUAUCUUUGUAAAUUUAAAUAAGAAAUUGUUAAACUAUGCCAACAAUGAUAAUGCUCAUCUCUUGGUACUAAAAGGUGCCGGUGAGAAAGCAUAUUGUGCUGGUGGUGAUAUUAAAGAACUUACUUCACAAACUAGAAAACUAGGAUAUUCUUUCCCAAAAUAUUUCUUUACACAUGAAUAUAAUAUGGAUUACACUGCCGCCACUUUGAAAAAACCAACCGUUGUAUUUUGGGAUGGUAUUUCAAUGGGUGGAGGUUUAGGUGUAUCUAUUCAUUCAACUUUUAGAAUUGUAACUGAAAGAACUGUUUGGGCAAUGCCUGAAGUUUCAAUUGGAUUAUUCCCAGAUGUUGGAGGAUCAUACUUUUUAGCUAGAUUACCAGAUUCACUUGGUAACUAUUUAGGUAUAACUGGAAAGAGUAUAAGUGGUGCUGAUUGUCUCAAGUUUGGAAUUGCAACACACUAUGUAGAGUCAUCGAAACUACCAGAGUUGGAAAGAAAACUUAUUACACUAGUCAACUCACAAGACAGAAAUAAAAUUGAAGCAAUCAUCAAUGAGUUUGCAUCUCAACCAAAACAACCAUCUAAACUGUUACAAGACUGGCCUCUCAUCCAACAAUGUUUUGCUAACCGAUUCAAUAAUGUACAAGAGAUUUUGGAUGCUUUGGAAGCAUCUAAAACCAAAUGGGGUUCCGAUUUAGUCAAAUUAAUACGUACUAAAUCACCGACCAGUGUUAAAAUUGCUUUUAGACAAGUUAAAGAAGGUAAUAGAUCACUGGAAGAAAUCUUUACAAUGGAAUACAGAAUUGCUAUUAGAUGUUUGGAGUCACCCGACUUUUUUGAAGGUAUCACGACCCAUGUCGAUCAUGAUGAUGAAGAACACUGCAAAUAUUGCCGUAGAAAGACAACAUCCAUCCCAUUAAAUUAUGUUAAUUUUGCCGAUUCAAAUUCACUCUCACUCCAACUUCAAUCAAAUAGCAACGAAAUUUGUAAGAAUAUAGUAACUCAAAAAAAAACAACAUCAAAUCUUUUCAAAGAAUUCAUCAACAAUCAUUUAUGGAUGGGUGAUAGAAUUAAUCAAUAUGAACAUUUAUUUUAUUUAGCAAAGUUAAAAACAAAAAAUAGCAAAGUCAAUUUUCACUCAAAUCAACAAUCUUUACAAUUACAAUCAUCAUAA